AAAAAAACGAGGCAACCAUCCAUCCGGGCAUUGCAAAUUUUAACAUGGCAGCCGUCUGGAGCUAACCAUGAUGAAGAGUAAAAGAGAUCACAGAAAAUAAAAAUGAAGAUUGAUAGAAAUAAAUUAAAGAAAUCAACAACAGAGGUGCCUGCUGAUUGUCGGGUCCUGAUUGAGAAGCUGAGAAAUGCUACAGAGGAUGAUUUAUACAAGGAGCUACAGGCCAUCACCACGGUCACAUCCUGGACUUACGGAAAGUGUGAACUAUACCACUGGUCAGAUAUAUUGGACAAGUUUGAUGAAAUCUUGGAGAAAGCAUGUAAGAAAGAGGCCGACAAAUGGACUCUGGCCUGUGACCUGCCAUCCAAUGAAAGGCUGAAGGAGUUACUGUUGUACAUCCUGGACUUUACCUCCCUGCUGAUUGAGCACAGCUUCUCCAGACACCUGUACAACUCCAUGGAGCACCUGACCACCCUGUUGUCUUCCUGUGACAUGACAGUGGUCCUGGGGGUCCUUAAUCUUCUCUAUGUCUUCAGCAAGAGAUCCAAUUUCAUCACAAGAUUAAGCAAUGACAAGAAACAGGGACUUCUUGUCAGAUUGACACAUUUAGCAGAGAGCUGGGGUGGAAAGGACAACGGUUUUGGUUUAGCAGAGUGUUGUAAGGAUGUACCCAUAUCUAGCUUUCCUUCAAGUGCAACAACCCUUCAUUUCGAGUUUUAUGUAGAAAACAAAGAUGAAAAGGGAAGUAAAAAGAAUGCUGCAAACAGUAUAACUUCUAUACAUAUGGAGAAUUUGGAUAAAUCCACAAAAUUACCAUCACAAAUCAUGGAAGAUUUGUUAGCUAACUUCAGAAUACCAGAAGAGAAACAGAUGUUGCUGUAUACACACAUACGACUGGCCCAUUUAUUCUCCAAUUACCAUGCCCGUGUCCAGUGUGUGCAAGCUCGAUUACAAGCCCUGGCUAUCUUAGUGUAUUCCAAUGCUAUACAGGAGAACAUGAACUCCUUACUUUACCCGGGGCUCAUAGAAGAAUUAGUUGACAUCGUUGAGUUAAAAGACAACACUUUUGUUGAAAUCAAAGCUGCUUCACUGAGAACUCUAACUUCCAUCAUCCACCUGGAAAGAAAUCCAAAGUUGAACAACAUCAUUGAUGCCACUGGAGCCUCAUCUUACCACGGUUUUCUUCCUGUACUUGUACGCUCCUGUAUCCAACACAUGACAGAUCCCCAGUUGACCCCAUUUCCACAGAAGUAUGCCACGGCCUUGUUUUCCUUUCUGUAUCAUCUGGCCAGUUAUGAAAAUGGUGUAGAAGCUCUGGUAUCCUGUGGAAUGAUGGAGUGUCUACUGAAGGUGAUCAAUUGGUAUGGAGAUGGACAAGAACAUAUAACACAAUUUGUAACCAGGGCUGUUCGAGUGGUAGACCUGAUCACAAAUCUGGACAUGGCUGCAUUUCAAGCCCAAGGAGGACUAUCAACAUUUAUAAACAGAUUAGAGCAUGAAGUGGAUCUGUGCAGAAAAGAGCAGCCGUUUGAGAUCCGUGUGAGGAGGGAGUCGAUUCUGGAGGAGAGCCCGGUGUCCCCGGUCUCUGACAUGGAGACCGAGUCAGGGGAGGUUACCCAGGCCCGACAAUCAGCCCCAGCCGACCCCGACCAGCCCUCAACUUCUACCGGCGUCACCAACGACAAACUCAUUCCACAGAAUCCCACCAAAACGGGUGUCCAGUGUUAUCCACAAAGAGCUGCCUUACUGAAAUCAAUGCUCAACUUCCUGAAGAAAGCUAUUCCAGACCCAUCAUUUUCAGACAGUAUUAGACAUUUGAUGGAUGGUUCAUUACCAAAGUCUCUGAGACACAUCAUCAGUAAUGCUGAAUACUAUGGACCUUCUCUCUUUCUGUUGGCCACAGAUGUAGUAACGGUGUACGUCUUCCAGGAGCCUUCCCUGCUGUCUUCCCUACAGGACAGUGGCCUCACUGAUGUGGUUCUCCAUGCCUUACUGAUCAAAGACGUUCCAGCAACGAGAGAAGUGCUAGCUUCCUUACCCAAUGUCUUCAGUGCCCUGUGUCUCAAUGCCAGGGGUUUGCAGUCAUUUGUCAGUUGUAAGCCGUUUGAUAGACUGUUCAAAGUCCUCCUCUCCCCUGACUAUCUCCCAGCCAUGAGACGAAGAAGGGGGUCAGAUCCAUUCGGUAAGAAUGGUGACACGGCCAGUAACUUGGGGAAUGCUAUGGAUGAACUAAUGAGACACCAACCGUCCCUCAGAACUGAUGCCACUAAAGCUAUUAUCAAAUUGCUGGAGGAGGUAUGUUCUAUGGGGAGGGAUCAGAAGUAUGUUUGUGUAAAACCCACCCCUAAGACGGAGCCCCAGAACAUGUCAGUCCAGUCGCCCCAGCCCCCAGAUAACAACUCGUCUGAUGAAGAGGAGGAGGAAGACGAAAUCCCUAACACACAGGACAUAGACGGCAACAAACCUGAGGCCCAGAGAGAGGCCGCCAGAGCCACUGCAGCCCCAAGUGCUCAAGAGAAGCAACAAAUUCCUCUGAUGGACUAUGUCUUGAAUGUGAUGAAGUUUGUGGAGGCUAUCUUGACCAACAACUCGACGGAUGACCACUGUCGGGAGUUUGUCUCCCAGAAAGGCCUGGAGCCCCUGAUGAGUAUCCUAGGGUUACCUAACCUCCCCAUCGACUUCCCCACCUCACCGGCCUGUCAGACUGUGUCCAUUGUCUGUAAAUCUAUCCUGAACUUAUCUAGAGAGCCACAGAUUUUGAAGCAGGGCCUAAUGAAAUUGGAUGAAGUUUUAGAGAAAUUAAGCCCCCUUCACCAACCCCUGGAUCCACCAGGGGGCUCUGUGUUGCUGAGGGAGCUUGCCAGUGUGGCAUCCCCUUCUGAUGCCACUCUGUCCCCGCAGGCCACACCCUUGCUUCACGCCCUGUCCUCAUGCCACGCCUACAUCAUGAUGUUUGUUCACGUAUGCAGAAUGGGACAGACUGAUCUCAGAACAAUAUCUGUUAGCCACUGGGGAUCAGAGCUGGGGUUAAAAGUUCUAAGUGGUCUGAGUAAGCUGUAUACCUCCUUAGUGUGGGAGAGUACAGUCCUCCUGGCUCUAUGUAGUGAGGAUAUACUUCCCCCUGGCUGUACAUUCGGUAAGGCCGACAUGGACAAGCUAUUACCCAAAGAUUUCAAAGUAGAGAAGGAAGACCUCUCCCCAGGAUCCACAAAAGAAAUGGGAAGCAACGGUGUCAGUGCGGCAAUGGAAUCCCUGUCAACAUCAGAAAAUAAUGAGACUCCCAUGGAGGUAAAUGAGGGGGCUAGCUCGUCCAAAGAGGAGGGAGAUGGAAAGAAAUCCAAAAUGCCUCCAGCUCUACAAGCGCAGGUGAAGCAGCUGAAGCCUUUGUUAUCUGUGUCAUCCAGACUUUGUCGUACGCUGGCUGAGUUGUUCAGUUUGUUGGUGAAGCUGUGUGUGGGGAGCCCUGUCAGGCAGAGACGGUCUCAGCAGAUCCCCCUACCCCCCACAGUCCCCUCUCCCUACGCCCAGGCUGUGGCCAAGUCCCUCACUAAGCUCCUGACCAAUGGGUUUCAGUGGGAGCCUCCACCAUACUCACCUGUGCCAAAAUUAAGACUGACAUUUCUGGUGUGUUUUGUGGGAUUCAUGUCCAUGUUGUUUGACGAGAAGAAGCAGCCAUUCCAUUUAAUGUUACAGAAGUUUGUAGCUUUAGGUGGCCAGGAUGCUUUGUUCAAAUCAUUUGAGUGGGCAUUAUCACUAGGGAAAGAUUCUACAAAAGAUGACCAGAAGCCAUCAGAAUUAUCAGAGGAGAUUGCAGAAUUCCUGGACUCCUGGCUGAUGUUGAUAGAGAGAAUGUCCAACCCAAAGACAGUCCUAGAAACCCCUCACGUGAUGCCAGCUAAAUCUAGUCAGAGUGGAUAUGUUCCAUUUAGUGCAGUCCAGUAUCUGAUCAAGGCACAGAAGGCAGCAUUCAGGGCUGUGAUGAGUCUUUGGAAUAAGAAGCCGCUGAAGGUGUAUGGAGGUCGUAUGUCUGAGUCUAUGUUAGCAAUCCUGUGCAAUAUUAUCAAAGGGGAGAAUGUUAUCAGAGAGAGACUGGCCAAAGAGAGGGAAGAGUUGGGGAAUGCUUCCAAUUCCUCAACAGGAGCUGUUCCUUCUACAAGUGGGGCAAGUUCAGCCGGGACUUCCCAAGCAGUUCCCAUGGCCCCCUCCCGACCCAGUGAUCCUGAGGUCAACGAAGCUCAUCUACAACAGUUGACAGACAUGGGUUUCAGUAGAGAACAUGGCAUAGAGGCCCUGACACUGACUUCCUCACUAGAACAGGCUACAGAGUUUAUUCUGACUCAUCCGUUCUCUGGGACAACUCGACAAGGAGCGGCUACCACAGGGGCUCAGAAUCCCCUGGGUAUGGUGAUGGAGAUGUCGGAGGAGGAUCAGAUGAUGCAGGCUAUUGCUCUGUCUCUGGGAGAAAAUGUGGUCAUGUCUACAGAAGAGAGUAACGCCCCCUCGGGUUCUGGUACCAAGACAACAGAGAGCAGUGCCUCCAAGGCUGAGGAGGAAAAACCCGAGGAAUUAAACGAAAAACAGGAGGAAGAGGAGCCCCUGGAGACAGCUGUCCUGGAUAACUUCACAGAGCAGGUCUUACCUGGUUGUUUGAGGCUUCUUGAUACUCUACCAGAGACAGUGUACAGAGUGUGUGAUCUCCUCAUCGUGGUGACCGGUAGAAAUGGGACAGGCUGGCAGAAAACGGUGCUAUCAAAUCUUGUCAAAGAGAUUCAGUCGAUGGGACAGCAGAUCCUUAAGGAGGGUCAUGAACUGGAAUCUGCUACAGACACAAACAAAGAUCAUCUCCAGUCCAAGGCCUCCAAGUUUGCUGCCAGACUCCAUCUGUUUAGUUUAUUAUUUGAGGAAAUGAUGAUACCGUGUGCGGAGAGUGUAGAAAGUGUCUGGCUGACUGAUAUAUUGGUGCAGGUGUUGAACAGUGGACAGGAAUUCCUUACAGCAAACAAAGAUUCGGUAACUCCAAAGUGGUUAUCUCCCUUACUGCUUUUGUUGGAUUUGUAUGAGAAGGUAUCUGUGAUAUCAAAACGAAAAGCUGAAGCCAACAAAUUACUGUGUCAUAGCCACACAUGGAAAUGGUUUGACGACAGUAGCGGUAGAUGGUGUAAAUACUCAGCGGUGAACAAUAAAACCAUUGAUGAUGCUUAUCAGGCCGGGGAGACUAGUAUCAGGUUUCAGGCAGGAAGAAGAAGGUAUACUGUCAACUUCAAUUCCAUGGUGCAGAUUAAUGAAGAGACAGGAAAUCGUCGUCCUAUCAUGUUGGCCUUCCCUUCUCCAGAGGAACUUUCAGAUAAUGGUUCUAAAGAGGAAUCUAAGGACCUUCCUGCCGAGUUGGCACAGUCAGCUGUAAGUAAAAUGGAAACGGAAAGUCCCCUAAAGGCUGAAGAGAAGAUGAAAGAGUCUGUGAUAGUAUCAGGAAUAAAUUCUGAUCAAAUUACCCAAAUUAUUAGGUGUAUAGUGUCUUUAAUGAACAUUCCGGUUGAGGCUGAUUGUUUACAUGCUGCUUUGCGGCUGAUUUUACGGUUAACAAGAAAUCACCAGAACGCUGUAUUGUUUGCGGAACUUGGUGGACCUCGCAUUUUAUUGACUCUGACCCAGAGUUCCUCUUUCCCUGGAUUUAUCUCCCUUGCGUCCCUAAUUUUCCGACAUAUCAUUGAAGAGCCUGCAUCAUUACGAUACUGUAUGGAAAAGGUUGUAAAAAAGGCCACCGGAGGAACGGGCUCCAGUUCCAAUGGGGUCAAACCGGGCAGUAUGGGCUCCAAAGAGGUGAAUUAUGUGUUUCGAGUGCUGGGACCUGCAGCGUGCCGAGACCCCGAACUGUUCUCUGAUGUCAUUAAAACAACGUGUAGAUUUGCCAUUCCACCAGCCUCAAGUAGAAGAGAUGAAGAUGCUCGCUACAAUGGUCCACAGAUUUUAAAGAGUGUGUCCACCACCAAAUGUGUGUCCCUGACAGUAGAAUCUCCAAUCAAAGAGGUCCUACAGGACCUACUGAACUGUCUGAUAGCAGAGUACAACAACCAGGAGGACGGUGUAUCUGGAGGGUUCGAGGUGCAGCCCCCCAUUACGUUGGCUGAAGCCAUCGCCAGUGAGAUGAGGCCCCCCGCCAUUCCCAGACAGGGCAGCUCAGCUGAUAUUGUAAACGAGGAGGAACAAACGGGAGAGUCCGAGAGCACUAAAGAUCAAACCAAAGACAAGGAGGUCAAGGUCAGUGAGGACCAGCAGAAGAAGCGACCUUUGAUGCCUAAGUCCAGUGUUCUGAGACUGCUGUCCGAGGUGGUCAAGUCCUACAGUAGCUGUACACAGCUGAUUACCCAGUACACUUACCAGGCAGCACAAACCCCUCUCGUUCAUGAGGAGUGUACAGUCUUGGCAUUUGUUCUGGAUAACCUUCUACCUCAGUGCCAGAUAUUUGGGGAUCGCGAUUGCCCGGCUCUCUCACGAGUCUUCAUUGCUAGCAUAGCCUCCUGUAACCAUAGCCCUGAUGCCCAGAUGAGCCUCGUAACAGAAAUCAAGGGGGCCCUCCAGCGAGCUCUACUCCUGCCAGAGAGUGCCCUGAAACACACCAAAAUCCGAGCCCUGACCAAUCUUAUCAGUAUUAUCAUUGACUCGUGUCCUAGUCCAGGGGGGCCAGUCCCUAAUCAGAUGUUCAAAGGCCAACAAACAGUGAUGAACAAUAUUGUGAAAUCUCUCCUGAAGAAAGGUUUAGUGACGGAUCUGGCUCGUCUGCCACACAGUCUCGACUUGUCCAGUCCGUACAUGGCAAACACGAUUAACGCGGCCCUCAAGCCACUGGAGACUCUGUCUAGAAGCGUCAACCAACCAGCUCAGAGUGUGGUGUCAAAGGUCAAAAAGUCUGAGACAGAGACUUCGUUACAACAGACCACCGAGUCUCAUGAAGGAAACACAACAGUGCCAGCUCCUACUGCUACUCCUGCUGAACCGUCCCAUGUAGGGGAGAUAACAAUAGAAGACAUCUCCGAUCACACAGACACGGGAACUAUGGAGGAGACGGAACCAAUAAGUGCUGUCGAGCCGGAGAAUGAUGGAGAAAGGGGUGAGUCUGAGUUGGACAAUGUAUUGGAUGUGUUACUGAACAGAGAUGGAAAUAUGAACCCAAGUAACGAAGUCAUAGGAGACAUUGUUAUGGAUUCAGAAGACUUGACCUUGCACGACUCCCAGAUGGUCAGUCAGGAGAUCUCCAUUGAUGAUGAGGACGCAGAAGAGAAUGUUCACGGUGAUGAGAGCUGUAUUCCCAAUGAAGAUGACAGUGCCUCUGAUGUUGAUGAUGACGAUGAUGAUGACGAUGAUGAUGGUGAUGAUGGAGAGGGAGAUGACGGUGAUGAUGAGGAUGAUGAAGAUGACGAGGAAGAAGAUGAAGACGAUGAGGGUUCUGAUAUGGAGGCAGAGGAUGAAGAUGAUUAUCCAGACAUUGAUCCCACACUGAACCCCAUGAGUGAAUUUGAUGACAACCUAAUGCACAUGGAGGAACUGUUCCCUACUGGAGGGGGGAGGAGUCAGGGCCUGCUGUUUAAUGAUAACACUGGAUUGAGGAACAUUGGGCUCCAGAUCCCCAUCAGCUUACACGACAACGACAAUGGCAAUGACGACUCAGCGCCUGCCAUUCCCCCAGCUCCUGUCAAUGUGAUGUCAUCUCACCCCCUCCUGGUCAGACAGCCCGAGGGCCACACAGUGAUGGGGGUACAGCGCCUCCACCGCGGGAGAGGGAGGAGGGAGGCGUCAUGUAGGUACAACCCCACCACCCAGACUCUACACGUCAAUCUACAGAGACAGCCCAACCCCCCAGUCAUCUUACAGAGGUUACUGGGUCCAACCACCGCAGCAGAUGUCCUUCAGUUGACCUCUACUUUGACCUCUGUGGCUGGCCCCACCCCCGGAAGAUUAAUGGUAGGAAAUGAUGACCUUCGCAUCAUAUCUCGACCUGAUGAUGAUUUUCUGGAGGAGAUAUUACAUGACUCUUAUGGAGAUGGGGGACAAGGCGGUUCUGGGGUCUUGACGUACAUCCCCUCAACACUGACCAGAUGGACAGAAGAGGCCAAGGUCCUGGACGGCGACAGUAUCCAUGACUGUGUGACUGCUUUGAAACCAGGCUUAAUAGAUUAUCUGGAGAAGAAGAGAGAGGAAGAAAUGGCAGAAAGAAAAGAGAAAUCACAGAAGCAAUCCGAGGAUGUGGAAACGAACAAAGAGAAGACAAGCAACACCUCUAUAGAAUGGGAGUCUCCCCAGAACAUGGAGGUCACGCAAACACCAGCGACAUCGAGUACAUCUGUGGUGUCAACAGCCAUGACUACGGUUACCAUGACGACUCCCUCUGAUUCUACAGUUACCAGCACUGCAGGCAGGCAGAUCAGUGCUUCUGAAGCAGCAGCGGCAGCUGAACUGAUUGCCACGGCUGUAGUGGAGGACAUCUUAUCUAACCCCGCGGGACAGUCAGUCCCCCCACCUCCCAGUGCCCCCCGGACAGACAGCCUCCCGCUAGUCAGACCCCCAGCAGACACCUUCACCACUCCCGCCAUCACCUUGCCAUCAGUAGUUCCCAAUGCUCCAGUGGUGGAUCCAAGAUCUAUGACUUCAUUUUCAGGGGGAACCAGCACGCCAAGUGGUCCGUGUAACUUAGCCUCCCUUCUCCUGACAGAAGACUCCAGUCCUGACUCUCCCCUCUCCAGCUCGUCUAUAGAUGCCCUACACCCGGGGAUAGGACAGGGAUCUGUGGCCCCUCCCCUACAGGACGGCAGUAUCACCCCGGAGGAGGUGUCGGGCAUUAGUAGUUCUGAUGCAGUCACCGUGCAGUCUUCAGAAAGUUCGGAGGAGUUGAAUCCUGGAAAUGUGGAAGCACCAUCCACAAAUUCCUCAUCUGUAACACAGUCCUCGACAGUCCUUGAUAACAUUGCAAGUGCCCUGACGAUUGACACAGCAGGAAUCGCUACCCCUCCUGCCUACCAUGGGUUCUCAUCCAGUCUCUUCCCAGACAACCCCCAGAGUAAUGACCCGCCUGUAAAUUUGUCGGCCCUCACCAGUAGCAUGAUGGGAGCUCUCACGGCCUCCAUCAAUGUCCCCUCCAGUAUCUUGUCUACUGGGGGUGAGGCGGGAGGAUCCACCACUGCUAAUGAAGAGGAUACCACAGCUACAGCAGGUGCCCCCUCAACACAGUCAGGGUCAGCUCCAGAUGUAGGAUUUGGAGAUUUUCCAGAUGGUGUGGAUCCAUCAUUUUUGGAGGCCUUGCCUGAGAACAUUCGUCAGGAAGUGAUAGCGGAGCAGAUGAGGCUACAGAGGAUAAGACAGAGUGCCCGGGAGCAGGCCCAGACAGCCCAGUCCACCGGGUCACUGCAGGUCAACCCAGACUUCCUAGCCGCCCUACCACCCAAUAUCCAGGAAGAGGUUCUUGCACAACAGAGAACAGAACAAGCCCGACUGGCUGCGGUACAGCAACAGUCGACCACCUCAGAAACUCCUGUAGACCCAGUCAGCUUCCUGGCCUCCCUCCCCAGCUCCCUCAGACAGCAGGUCCUGGCGGACAUGGACGACAGCACUGUGGCGGUCCUACCACCAGACCUCGCUGCUGAGGCCCAGACACUGCGGCGUGAGUUAGAGGAGAGACACCGCCGCCUGAUGCAGGAGAGGUUGUUUGCCCAGGCUGCUGGAGCAGGUUCUCUGUCAGCUAUCCUAAGACACUCAGGAUUUGGAGGUCGUCUUGGUGGAAGUAGAUUUUCUAUCAGAGCUCUUCCCCGCAGCAGUUCAAAUUGGACAUGGGCAUCCAAUCGUCUAAAUGGACCCAGCUCUAGCUCCAAUCAAAAUGCAGUUAAAGUACGGGGGCGGCAUUUACUUGAUCAUGAGGCAUUGACUUGUUUACUUGUGUUGUUGUUCGUAGAUGAGCCCAAAUUAAACACAACAAGACUUCAUAGAGUGUUACGCAAUCUGUGUUACCACAGUCCAACAAGGGUGUGGAUAAUAAGAGCGCUGUUAUCAAUUCUCCAAAAAACGGGUGAAUGUCGUAUCGAAGAAGAAAAAUCAAUACGUGAGAAAGGGAAGAGGAAACUGGCUGCAGAUAGUGACAUGACAGUGAAAAGUGACACUAAAAACCAGGGUUCUUGGCUGUCCAUAAGUCUGGAGGCAGCUCUUGGUUGUCGAGCCAAUGUCUUUCAAAUUCAUAAAACGGGCAAGAAACAUUUAUCUGGAAGCUGCCCAGGCACUGUAACGAUCCAUGAUCAAGCUUCCCCAGUCGUGUGUAGGCAUGUGUUAGAUACUUUAAUAGCUCUAGCUAAGAUUUUCCCCAGUCAAUUUCUUCCCUCCUCUAAAGUGAAAGAGGUGGAAAAAUGCAGUGAUCCUGGUGAAGAAAAUAAGACAGAAAGUGAAAGUAAAACUAAAACCCCUUGUUCUAGUGCUAGUCCCAAAAGUGCCAAAGAUUCACCCACGGAAACAGACUUCUGGGAUCAUUUGAUCAAAUUGGACAGUCUUAAUGCCAACAAAAAAGGUAAAAGUGUUCAGAAAACAGCUAGCAAUACAGAUGGAGAGGCAAACUUCUUUAGCUAUGACACAGCUCCUCUUGGACAACUUAUGUUUAUGCUUUCACAUCCGGUGAUAAAGCGCAGUCAGUUGUUGACGGACAGGUUAUUAAGACUUCUAGGGCUUGUGUCUCUGGCUCUACCUGAUGUAAAACUUAGCAGUUCUGUCAGUGGUGCCUCCACGACUGUCUCCAGUGCCCAGUCCGCUGGACUGGUAACAACUACCGCAUCACCUGCCACAAGCACUACCACUAACACCACAACAGCAAGCACCACGCAGUCCACACCAUCAGUGGUGUCCAGGGGUGUCAGUACUACUAGUAUGCCAGCAGAAGAGCCCAAGGAACAAAACAAGGUAAAAGAAAAACCAGAGGAGAAGGAGGAGGGUUCAGUCGUGUUAGAGGACAGACUUCAGUUAGCUGUACAGGUAUUGACCUCCAAAUCCUGCUCAGAAGAGGGACUAGAGGAUGCCACUAACUUGUUACUCCAGUUGUCUUAUGCCAACAAUGCCACCCGACAAGCUGUACUCAAGCUUCUGUUGGAGGGGGCCAGGGUCCUGGGCAUGACAGUCUGUAGUCAUAUCAGAUCUCUUUUGGAUGAGUUACAUGAAUUUACAACCAAGAACAAAGACCCUGAAGAGGAUCGAGAUAUGGAGAUGACCCCGACUCAGUCUUCUAAAGGUCACAUUCAAGACAGGUAUAACCCCAGUGCUAGUGUGGUGGUGGCGGCUCCUAAGAAGAUUAAAGUAGGUCGUGAGCUCCAGCUGCCGUCCAUGUCUCUCCUGACCAGUAAGACGUCCAGUCAACAGUUCUUCUUACGCAUCCUGAAGGUCAUCAUUCAGCUGAGGGACGCCGCUAAAACACAGGCCAAAAGAACAAGUCGAAGGGGUGAGCGAGACUUGAGUAGCAUCACAGAAGCCAUGGCAGCGUUAGAGGCGGAGGCAGAAGCCAUCAUGGAGAUGGUGGGGCGGCGAUCGGAACAACAGAACCAGGCCAGGCAGCAACAGGAGGGUGCUGGGAGGAGUGGAGCCACAGAACAGACUAGUGAGGGGCCACAGGAGGGGCAGCAGGGAGGGGCUGAGAAUCCAACACCCCCUGCAGAGGGAAAUCCAGACUCACCAAUGGAUGUGGAUCAACCAGGCCCCUCUACGACCCCCCAGGAAAAGGCAGAGGAUGUGACCCCUCCCCAGCAGUCCCUGAGUGAACAGCUGGGUCUGGACGAGUUGUGGAACACCCUGGGGGAGUGUCUGACGGAGCUUGCCAGGACCCCAGAUCAUCACGCGGUCCUUAUUCUACAGCCCGCUGUCGAGGCCUUCUUCAUUGUACAUGCUGGAGAAAAGGAUGGGAAAUCCCAGGAGCAGAGGUCACAGAGAAGAGAGGACCAGUUAGCUCACCUUAACAUGGACCUGGCCCCGGCCUCUCCAGCGGCCCCAGGCAGUGAGACUCCCGCCCCGGUCCAGAGGGAUGGGUCAAUAACAUCAGUGUCCUCCUUAACAACGCUUCCACCAGAUACGCAAAAGUUCCUUAGAUUUGCUGAGACACACAGAACAGUCCUGAACCAGAUUCUGCGGCAGUCCACUACGCCUCUCUCUGAUGGUCCGUUCUCAGUUUUGGUGGAUCACACACGUAUUUUGGACUUUGAUGUGAAGCGUCGUUACUUCAGGCAGGAGUUGGAGAGAAUGGACGAGGGGAUGAGAAGAGAAGAUCUGGCCGUUCACGUCAAGAGAGAACACGUGUUUGAGGACUCAUUUAGAGAGCUCUUCAGGCGCACCGCUGAUGAAUGGAAACACCGAUUCUACAUUGUAUUUGAAGGUGAGGAAGGGCAGGAUGCUGGAGGCUUACUGAGGGAAUGGUACAUCAUUAUUUCCCGGGAAAUCUUUAAUCCUAUGUACGCCCUGUUCCGGACCUCACCUGGAGACAGGGUCACCUACGCCAUCAACCCCUCCUCCCACUGUAACAGCAACCACCUCAGCUAUUACAAGUUUGUGGGGCGCAUCAUCGCCAAGGCUGUGUAUGAUAAUAAGCUCUUGGAUUGCUACUUCACCAGAUCCUUCUACAAACAUAUCAUUGGACAGGCUGUCAAAUACACAGACAUGGAGAGUGAGGACUACUCAUUUUACCAGGGAUUAGUUUUCCUGAUGGAAAAUGAUGUGGCAGAUCUCGGAUACGAUCUCACGUUUAGUACAGAGAUUAUGGAGUUCGGAGUCACGGAAAGUCGGGACCUGAAACCCGGAGGACGCAACAUCUCUGUUAAUGAGGAUAACAAGAAGGAGUAUGUAAAGUUAGUGUGUCAGAUGAAAAUGACGGGGGCCAUUAGACAGCAGCUGAACGCCUUCAUGGAGGGCUUCUACGACAUUAUCCCCAAGCGCCUUAUCUCAAUCUUCAACGAGCAGGAGCUAGAGCUGCUGAUCUCGGGAUUACCCACUGUAGACAUCGACGAUCUGAAAGCCAAUACCGAGUAUCACAAGUACCAGGCUACUUCACUACAGGUUCAGUGGUUCUGGCGUGCUCUGCGAUCGUUUGAUCAGAAGGACAGAGCCCAGUUCCUACAGUUUGUGACGGGAACCUCCAAGGUGCCCCUGCAGGGAUUCGCUUACCUGGAGGGAAUGAACGGCUUCCAGAAAUUCCAGAUCCACCGAGACGACAGGUCUACUGACCGACUGCCAGUAGCUCACACAUGCUUUAACCAGUUAGACUUACCAGCUUAUGAAACCUACGACAAACUGAAGAGAAUGUUGCUCCUGGCAAUCAAUGAAUGCUCUGAGGGAUUCGGACUGGCAUAAACUGUCCCAGACUGGCAUAAACUGUCUAAGGAGUAGUACUGCUAGAGAGGACUUAAUAUGCAAGAAAAUCAUGCAUGGAUUCUUACAUGUUACCUAAUGUGUGACUUGUGUUACAAAAUAUGUGGUCAAAAUAUACUGAGUGUACUGUAAGCCAGGUUAAAGUUUGUGCUCUCAAUGAACAUGCUUUAUGACAUAAGAAAGGAGGUGCUUUCUGGGCUUUAUAUAUUACCAUGUGUUGCGUAAUUUUGUCAUACAUUCAUUUAGUUAAAAAAAUCAAGUUUCUGAAUCAUUUAAGACGUUGAAAUCAGUGUAACAGAGGUCUGAGAGGUGUUGUGAUGUGUUGGUGUGAGGUUUUGACAGGCGAUGUUAAAUCUAGUGCAACAAAAUGCUGCAAGAGUUCUAUUGAUGUGAUAUAAGUGUUAUGCUGAAAUUGGCAGAAGUUGAUGAAGACUUUUAUUGUCUUUAUAUAAAAGAAUUUAAAUGAAAUGACGAUUACUGAUAUCCUGUUACAGAAGGUGAAAGAGACGAGCAGUGAUAAGAAUUCACUUUAUGUCAAGAAUAAUCAAACUGUAGCAGUGGAAUUCCAGAUCGUGAUACGGAGGAUUUGCUCUUUCGUUUUUUGUUUUCUGUACUGUAAAUAGUAUAAAAUACUUUGUUCUUAUCCUGUUAUUUAUUAUAUCGGUAUGGGAGGGAAAGGAAUAUGGAAGAAUGUGUUGAUCAUUCAGAGAGUUUGGACAACAUAUUAAAAUAGCAUGGGGUUAUUUGUAAUUUGUUCUCACAUUUUUGUGUAAUACACAGUUUUCAAUGAUGGAAUAUAUCUUUAUAUCACAUCUGUUACUUUCUAUUGUCCAUGAUGAAUAAAAUCUCAGCCAAAAUCA